AUGGUGGGGCUCGACUCGUCAUACUCGCCCUUGGAGAUCCACAUCUACUGGAAGGUGCUCGGCGAGGAAAGGAGGGACCCACCGAUUCACACUGAGUACUUGCGUUCGGGCGGAACUACGACCUCGAUUUUGAUCGUGGAGGGCGCUCGCCGAUGCCUGGGAACAUUGUGGGGCCUCCAGACAGACAACGCUGGCGUACAGAUCCUUCCGGAUGUCGACGUCGCACUCCAUGAUCGACUGGAAAGUGGUGUCGUGGAUGCCGCUGGCGUCCUUCCCAAAAAAGCUGGGCUGGAAGAGCACCUCGGGGCAACGUAA